AUGAAAUCUACUACUACUACUUCCUCCGCCCGUCUCCAGAAUGACUUUGGAGCCGAUCUGUGGGUGAAGAAUCCGCCUAAGCAUCAUCCCACGGCAGGACGCGGCCUUUUCGCUGGGCUUCAAGACACUAAGAACUAUAAUGUCGAGUCGGGCUGGGCGAAGCGCAGCAAUGUGGAGAGUCAGGGGUUUUUGGGGAGUUUGUUGAGCCGGUUCAUUGGGGGAUCGUAUAAGCCUCCUACUGAUUAG